UGGACACGGAGGGAGGAGCCCGACAGAAGAGACAAUCAAGUCCAGUGUGCGCAACCACUAACAUCAGCAAAAGAACAGAAUAAAGACAUCUGCGUCGACCGAGAUCAAACCAUGUCUUACCAGGGCAAAAAGAAUAUCCCAAAGAUCACUAGCGAGAGGCUCCUGAUCAAAGGAGGUCGGAUUGUGAACGAUGACCAGUCCUUCUAUGCAGACAUCUAUAUGGAGGAUGGGGUCAUUAAGCAAAUCGGAGACAACCUGAUCGUCCCGGGAGGAGUGAAGACCGUUGAGGCCGAUGGGAAGAUGGUGAUUCCUGGAGGAAUAGACAUCCACACCCAUCUACAGAUGCCCUUCAGAGGAACAACCACCGUGGAUGACUUCUCUCAGGGCACCAAGGCUGCUCUCGCCGGAGGAACCACCAUGAUCGUGGAUCACGUGAUCCCGGAGCCGGGCUCGAGUCUGCUGGAGGCCUUCGACCGCUGGAGGGAGUGGGCCGACGAGAAAGCCUGCUGUGAUUACUCUCUGCAUGUGGACGUCACCCACUGGAACGACAGCAUCAAACAAGAGGUCCUGAGCCUCAUCAAGGAGAAAGGAGUGAACUCUUUCCAGGUCUACAUGGCUUAUAAAGACCUCUAUCAGAUGAGCAACAGCGAGCUUUAUGAGAUCUUCACCUUCCUGGGAGAGCAUGGAGGAAUUGCUCAGGUUCACGCUGAAAAUGGAGAAAUAAUUGCUGAGGAGCAGAACCGUAUGCUGGAGAUGGGCAUCACGGGACCCGAGGGACACGUUCUCAGCCGUCCAGAGGAGCUGGAGGCCGAAGCAGUGUUUCGGGCCGUCACUAUUGCCAGUCAAACCAACUGUCCUCUUUAUGUGACCCGCGUGAUGAGCAAGAGCGCCGCUGACAUCAUCUCACAGGCCCGGAAAAAAGGUAACGUGGUGUUCGGCGAGCCAAUCUCGGCCAGCUUGGGAACGGAUGGGACUCAUUAUUGGAGCAAGAACUGGGCAAAGGCGGCGUCUUUUGUGACCUCACCACCCCUCAGCCCCGACCCGACCACCCCAGACUACCUAAACACCCUGUUGGCCAGUGGUGAUCUGUCGGUGGUGGGCAGUGCUCACUGCACGUUCUCUGUGGCUCAGAAGGCCAUUGGGAAAGACGACUUCACUCAGAUCCCUGAAGGAGUGAACGGAGCCGAGGAGAGGAUGUCCGUCAUCUGGGACAAGGCUGUGGUCACUGGUAAGAUGGAUGAGAACAUGUUUGUCGCUGUGACGAGUACCAAUGCUGCCAAGAUCCUGAACCUUUAUCCACGCAAGGGUCGGAUAGCCGUGGGCUCAGACAGCGAUCUGGUUAUCUGGGACACAGACGCCGUCCGGACCAUCACUGCAAAAACUCAUCAUUCUGCGGCCGAGUAUAACGUGUUCGAGGGCAUGGAGCUGAGAGGUGCACCGAUGCUGGUGGUCUGCCAGGGCAAGAUCGUUCUGGAGGACGGGAACCUGCACGCGACCGCCGGCGCCGGACGCUUCAUCCCCUGCGUGCCGUAUCCGGACUUCGCUUACAAACGUGUCAAAGCCAGGAAACAGCUGGCCAUUCUGAAGGCGGUCCCCAGAGGCAUGUAUGACGGCCCCGUGUCUGAGUUCUCGCCCAUGUCGAGGGGCGGCACGCCAUCGGCCUCCACCCGAACCUCACCCACCAAAGCCCCCGUGAGGAACCUGCACCAGUCCGGCUUCACGCUGUCAGGUCCCGAGGAAGCGCCCAUCAGACCGGCCGGAAGACGCAUCGUUGUUCCUCCCGGCGGUCGCUCCAACAUCACCUCCCUCAGUUAAACACAGAGAGCAUGCAAGAGAGAGGCCAGGAUCAAAUCAGCCGUGUAGAAGUAAGGCGAUUAGUCGGGAAACUCAUGCCUUACCCUCCGUGAUUUCCUCCUGCUGAGUGACUGAAGAUCAGUAGUCCACCUCCGAGAAAGCAAAGCAUUUAGUGUAGCGCUACGUUCAUUUGUGUGUUUAGAUUAACUCAAUUAGACUUUAGGAUUACCGUAAAGGCGUCUUUGGUUUGGAUGGUUUCUGAAAGGUUUGCGUUCGGUAGAGGAAGGACUACUGGGGCGUGUUUCAUAGGGCUUCGUCUGUAUCCCCUCAUAAGCUUUAUUUGCGUGCAUCAGCUGUGGUUAUGCUAGUUAACGUUACUUUGUAAAUGAAGUUAAGUUUCUUUCUUCUUCUUCUUCUUUCUUUCGAAGUACAACAAAGUGUAAUGUUAAGGGAAACCAUGCAAGGGUUACAGGACGUUCACAUACUGUACUGCUUUCAUUAUCCGUCUCGCUGAAGAUACACGCUGAGAAAUAAACCGUUUCCUGCGUAAAUUUAAAGGACGAUUAACAGGUGCUACAAUGUCUUUUCUUAAAUCGAUCAAAGUAUGCGUUUUUGAUAUCCGGAUCCUUCACGUGACGUCGGCAGAAACACACUGUAUGUUAGACAGGCCUGAAGAGAGACACCGAAGGACGUGGGAUAGCUUGUUUAUUAUAUUUAUGUAGGUUUGAUUGUACUACCUUUUUUUUUUUAACAUCUGAGUCGAAAGAGGCGGGUGAAAAUGAACGUGUGAUGUGCAAAAUCUGCUCCUCAAUAAACACAAGUUACAACCGA